CUGCAGAGCUGCACAGUUAACCUGAAGAUACUUAGGAUACAGAGGGCAUAUUGUUAGACAAUCAGGUGAAGAGGAGCAACUAAAAAUUUCAAACAAACCUAGCUAGACUAAAUGGUGAAGAGUUUGUCUUAAAUGCAACCAUGCUGAAUCCACGUUUGCUGAGAGUGAAGAAUGCCCUGAUUCGACAAUGUAUGGCUGAGUUCUUGGGAACGUUUGUCUUGAUUCUCUUUGGUUUAGCUGCAGCAGCACAGGUGAAAACAAGCAGAGAGACCAAGGGCCAAACUUUGUCAAUCCAUUUGUCGUGGGCUGUUGGGGUGAUGUCUGCCACAUUCCUUACAAAGGGGAUUUCAGGUGCCCACCUAAACCCUGCUGUGUCUCUGUGUUUCUGUAUAUUGGGGAAGCUGCAAUGGGGUUACCUGGUGCCCUACUUUCUCUCCCAGGUUGUUGGGGCCUAUGUGGGAGCGGCUCUGGUCUAUGCACUAUACUAUGAUGCUAUAAUGGAGUUUAGUGAAGGAAUUUUGACUGUUUAUGGCCCUAAUGAAACAGCGUCUAUAUUUGCUACAUAUCCAUCUGAAUACCUUUCAUUAGCAGGGAGUUUUCUUGACCAGGUAGUGGGCACUGGCACACUGUUAUUGUGCAUCCUGAGCCUGACCGAAAAGAGGAACACCCCGGCUCCCCCUGACCUGAUUGCACCCAUAGUUGCAGGGAUUGUGCUUGGCAUUAUAAUGUCCAUGUCGGCCAACUGUGGUGCCGCCUUAAAUCCUGCCCGCGACCUUGGACCACGCCUCCUCACACUGACUGCAGGCUGGGGAACUGAAGUCUUUACGUGUUACAAUUAUUGGUUUUGGGUACCAAUAGUAGCUCCGAUAACUGGGGCUCUUGCAGGCACCUCCUUGUAUUUGUUCUUCAUCGAAUGGCAACUGCCUGAUGAACCAAUGGAGAAGCUCCCAACAAUCUCUACUGUCAUCAAAAACUCUUCUGCCAUAUUGGAGAAAGAAGUUGUCCUGAAGUCAACACACUUCUAGUUCCUCAUUGUUAACUGGAGUACUUUCAGUCCAUUUUGAAUAACUACUUAUUGUUCAUUUUAGUUGGUUGAUGAUUUUUGAGAAAGAUAAAGCAUUUAUCUCUGCAGAUAAAACACUUAAAUCACAUUAACAUAUGUUAAUAAGCAAACUGUGUACUUCUCUACAAGGAUGAGUUACGCUUAUAAAUGUGUUGCAUCAAUUUGCCUUAACUUAUCAAGAAGGUCUCAAAUGCCAAAACUGAUGUGAAAACAGUUUACAGAACAAGUAGGCCUGAUCGGAUCAUUAGAAGCAAAGUGAAGGCUAAAAACCUUGCCAAGAGAAGACGGCACAUAGAUAAUAGAAAUAGAAGUCCAUGUCCAGAGGAGUGUGAUCACAAUUUUCAAAGCUCUACCCAAAUAAAUCUGAUUUGUGCCAAAGUUGGGCUGCUACUGAUACAGGAACAGGAACCUGAGGAAACCAAGAAAAACAAAAAACAGAAACACAGAAUCCAAGAGAUCUAAACAAUGUGUAAACUGAAACAAUAAAACAAGGACUCAACAAACAUAAGCGUCUACAUGUCAAGAGAAGGAGAUGAAAUGUGAUAAGUUUUGAUUGUGAGUGGCAUAGGAGUGGCAUUCAUAAGUGUUUAUUAUGCAAUGAAUGAGUUUGAGCAAGACAAAAUUUACUAGGUCCUCACCAAACAAUGAUUCAAAUCUUUUCAAGUUCACUACGUAUUUCAGCUAUAAUUCCUUUUAUUGAAAAUAUUAGAUGAAGUUACCACUUUCUAAGCACAAUAAGCAUUUGUAAAUAAUAAUGUUUAGCAUGCAUUAUAUGAUAAAACUGUAAUAAACACUAUAUCUCAUUGCCUCACUGUAAAGUGUUACCUCAUUUAUUUAUACUUGCUGGUGCUUAGUGCUAUUUUCC